CCAACCAGUAAAGCACAUGAUGCAGUUGAUGCUUCUAUAACAACGCCUAACCAAUUACAAAUAUGUGAAACGCGUACUCUGGUCUCUCGUCGGAAUCCCGUUGAUCGACUACGCAUAACAGAAAAUCGAUUAAAUAACUUGGAAAUACAUGUUGCGAGGUUGACGUCACGGUUACACUCUCUGGAACAACAACAAGCUCUUCUUGGUGGCAUCGGUAGAUCAAUGGGCUUUCCUACUUCACGACUACCUAUAAGACCAACAGAAGCCGAUUUCGCCAAAAAGGAACGGUUCAGGCGAAAUUUGAAGAUAGUUUUCAUUAUCUUCUGCCUACUAACGGCAAUUUUUCUGGCUGCUGGUAUAUACCUGGCCACCCUGCAUCCUGGUCGUCGCGUCUUUUAUUUAAACCUAGCUGGUUACAUUCUAAUUGUACUUGGAAAUCUUGCUCUAAUUACCUCAAUCAUAUCUGGAAAUCUCUUCUUCCGACUUAUCUAUACAAUUUCGGAAUCCAAAGUUUAUGUUCCAAAACAAGCAGACCAGCUGCGAUCCAAACCCUACCCACGGCAGCCCGGUUGCGUUCGGAAACGACGUGCUCCGGUUAUUUCCCCAGUUGAGAUGGCUGAACGUCCACCACCAACCAGGCAGCUCUCAAGAGUAAGUGUCAGGAGCAGCGUAGCAAUCGAUAGUGGGGACCGCGAUGCAUUUCCACUUCCAAGUGCUCCAAUUGAGGAAGCCGUAUCAAAUCAGCCAUUGCCUUAUCCCACGCCAAACGAUAGAUCGCCAUUGCCAGGCACAAGUUUCGCGGUUCACGACAGAUUGGGAAGUAACGUUGAAGGAGGCGAAGAGGAUAUGGAAAACGUGAAAAGAUCACCCUUACCCGCAGAAAUUCAGUUUCCAUUGCCCCCACUUUAUCCCGACGUUUCUCCCCCACCGUAUGAGGAGUAA